CUCUCUCCACCGCCAUUAUUCAAAUCGUAGCCGUUGAAAUCCCUGCCUCUGAAUCUCUCUCUCUCUCUCUCUCUCGCACGCUCGCAUACCCUUUCAAUUUCAAAUCUCCAAUUAUUUUACUGAGGGGGGUGGUGGGGAUUUUAAAAGCUACGGCGGAAACCAAACGCAGGAUAGAGAGAGGCGACGACGAUUUCACAUUUCUCACCUUAAAAAAAAAAAAAAAAAAAAAAAGAGAAAGAAAAAUUCCUCUUCUCCUCUCUUUCGAUUCCUAGGGUUUCCGCUCCGAUUCCCUCCCCGCCACCUUCACCUUCACCCUAACCCUAAGCCCCGAUUUCGGAUACGAGAGGGAUGAGCUCCCAUGCGGUUCCCCACCAGAGAAGGAUCAGCCACUCCGCACGCCGCGCUCCGGCGCCUGCGGCGGCUGCGCGGAAGCUCGAAGCUGGCGCCGAUGGCGGCGGCGCCGGAGGCGGAGGCGUCGCCAACGGGAAGAGCUCCAAGCCCACGUCGCCUUCGAAUCAACCCUCGGGGGAGAGAACGGUUAAGAAGCUGAGGCUUUCGAAGGCGCUUACCAUCCCCGAGGGCACGACGGUCUCCGAUGCGUGCCGGAGGAUGGCGGCGAGGAGGGUGGAUUCGGUGCUGCUCACUGAUGCUAAUGGGCUCCUCUCCGGGAUCGUCACUGAUAAGGAUAUAUCCACAAGAGUGAUAGCGGAGGGAUUGAGACCCGAGCAGACGAUCGUGUCCAAGAUCAUGACGAGGAAUCCAGUGUUUGUCAUGUCCGAUGCGCUCGCGAUGGAGGCGCUGCAGAAGAUGCUUCAAGGCAAAUUUAGGCACCUUCCUGUGGUAGAAAAUGGUGAAGUUGUUGCCAUGCUCGACAUCACAAAGUGCCUUUAUGAUGCAAUAUCAAGAAUGGAAAAGGCUGCAGAACAAGGCAGUGCGCUAGCAGCUGCUGUCGAAGAGGUUGAACGCCAGUACGGCAGCAAUUUUUCAGCUCCUUAUGCUUUCAUAGAAACCCUGCGAGAAAGAAUGUUUAAACCUUCUUUGUCAACCGUGAUCACUGAGAACUCAAAGGUUGCAAUAGUAUUCCCUUCAGAUCCUGUCUAUGUUGCCACAAAAAAGAUGCGCGAUAAUCGUAUUAAUUCUGUGAUCGUCAUGACUGGAAGCGCAGUUCAAGGAAUUCUAACUUCUAAGGAUGUGCUUAUGCGAGUAGUAGCACAGCAUCUUUCGCCUGAGUUGACUUUGGUAGAAAAGGUAAUGACUCCGAACCCUGAAUGUGCUACUUUGGACACAACAAUUCUUGAGGCGCUCCAUAUAAUGCAUGAUGGAAAAUUCUUGCAUAUUCCUGUGCUCGAUAGAGAUGGCAAUAUCACUGCUUGUUUGGAUGUUCUGCAAAUCACUCAUGCAGCCCUUUCGAUGGUUGAGGGAGGAUCAGAAGCUGUAAAUGGCAUGGCAAACACAAUGAUGCAGAAGUUUUGGGAUUCUGCCCUUAAUCUGGAGCCACCAGAUGAUGAGCUUGAUAGCCGCAGUGAUGUUUCAAUGUUGAUGGCAUCAGAAUGUGCAGAAGGGAAGUAUACAAAUCCUCCUUCUGUUGGUCACUCAUUUGCCUUCAAGCUUGAAGACCGAAAAGGGCGUGUGCAUAGAUUCAACAGUGGUACAGAGAACUUAACUGAGCUUGUUACUGCUGUGAAGCAGAGAAUAGGGAUCAACGAUGAGGAGAAAAUUCAACUUCUGUAUGAAGAUGAGGAAGGUGACAAAGUUCUCCUAACUACUGAUGGCGACCUUACCGCUGCAGUGUAUGUCGCGAGAUCAGCUGGAUGGAAGGUUCUGAGGCUUCACGUUGAUGAUGUUAAUGCUGAGAAGGAAACGGCAAAGCCAUCGUCGAAACUAGCGACUGCCCAAAAAAGUCGGUGGACACCAAUACAAGUCGGGUUUGUUACAGGUGCAGUGGCUCUUACAACUAUUGGUGUUGUGGCUUACUUGAAACGCUCAAAUGUGUGAUAUCCUCUGAAAAGCAGGACAGAGUAAUCUUAGUGGGCAAUUAUGCAGCUAACUAUUGAAGCUCUCCUGAUCAUAUAGGAGAUAAAAUGCAGUUAAGUUAUUUCAAAAUCUCCAUUAGAGAGAGAGAGAGAGAGAGAGAGAGAGAGAGUUAAUAGUUUUAUGGGGAGGGUGAUUGAAAAUUUGAGGCAUUAUGGGUAUAAAAGUCAUAAAGGGAAUGGAUGAUACCAAUACGUCACAAAAACCAAUACAUUGCUUUUACCAAAAGGGUGAUACCAAUACGUCACAAAAACCAAUACAUUGCUUUUACCGAAUAGGAAAAAGCUUGUAUUUUAAUGCUAUAUGUCUCUGCUCUUUUCCUGCAUCUGUUACAUUAAUUUCUCUUCAUCUUGUUUGAAAUUUUGCUCGUCAUCGUAUUUGCAAAAAUAAUUGUAUGGAUCUACACCUGAAUAAGAUGACAAGCAUCAUCCACAGAAUGUGAAAGCUUUGGUGUGUUGUCCACAAUGUAAAGUAAUGCAAUUAUUGCGUGUUGUUAUUAAUCGAACUGAUCUUGGUGUGAACAGAUAGAUUCGUUGAA